AAUAAUAAUAAAGUGAAGUAAUUAAAGUGAGCCAAGGGAGAGCAGCCAGGAAGAUGGCGACGAACGAAUCAGUUGCGAAAGACUGCUCCAGUAAUACAAGCAAACAACAACCCGCUCGAUGUCGCAAGAACGAGUGGGUGAAAUUAAAUGUUGGUGGAACAAUAUUUAUGACCACUCGAACGACAUUAUGUCGCGAUCAGAAGUCAUUCUUGUACCGGUUAAUACAGGACGAGCCGGAUUUGAACUCGGAUAAGGAUGAUAUUGGAGCAUUCCUAAUUGAUCGAGACCCAACUUACUUUGGUCCAAUUUUAAAUUACUUACGACAUGGCAAAUUAGUUAUAAAUAAAGAUUUAGCAGAAGAAGGUGUCUUGGAAGAAGCGGAAUUCUAUAACAUCACUCCAUUAAUAAAACUUGUUAAGGAAAAAAUCACAGAGAGGAAUGCCAAACAAGACCAGGUGAGAUGUUUUCUGUAUUUCAAAUAACAAUACUGGAAUCAUUCAGUGGAUGUGUGUU